AUGGUAGUGGCACGGGAAAGGCCCGAGGCUGGGCCUAGCGGCAACGAGUGGUGGCAGACAACAGAAAAGCGCGAUCCCCAAAGCAAGCCCCAGCAUGCGCGCCUGGACUACGUGGAGGACCAUCAGUACCUCCACACCCGCUCCAAGACCUUCGACACCGAGGUCUUCCUCAUCCCCUCCGCCGGCCUCUUCCUGGCGGCCGCCGGCCACGAUUCCCAGACGGGAUCCGCCAUCUAUAAGUGGGAUGAGGGGGAAUUCCGGCUCUUCCAAAACAUCAGCACCUAUGAGGCGCAAGCCUGGAAGUACUUCACCAUCGGGAAAAGGAGCUUCCUGGUGGUGGCUAACUCUGCUAGCAGUGAAGGGGGAGAGGAGGAGUACUCCGUCAUCUAUAAGUGGAGUCGGAGGAAGCAGAAGUUCUUCCGAUACCAGCGCCUGCAGACCCACACUGCCCAAGACUGGGAGGCCUUCAGCAUCCAGGGAGAGGCCUUCCUCGCUGUGGCCAAUCACAGGAGAGAUGACAACAACCACAACAUAGACAGCGUCAUCUACAAGUGGAACCCAGGAACCAAGCUGUUUGAGGUGAACCAGACCCUUCUGACGUCAGGGGCGUACGAUUGGGAGGCCUUCAGCGUGGGGCCGUACCACUUCCUGGCCGUGGCCAACACCUUUGAUGGGGUGACCACGCGCCUCAACUCCACCAUCUACGUGUGGGUGGCAGGCCAGUUUCAGCACUUCCAGCACAUCACUACGUCUGGGGCCACAGACUGGGAGAUGUUUGAGAUUGGUGGGCGGGUCUUCCUGGCGGUGGCCAAUGGGGAGCUGCACACACACGGGUCGAGCCAGUACUCCAUCAACUCCACCAUCUACGAGCUCAACAUGGAGCUGCAGACUUUCAUCAGGUUCCAGGACAUACUCACACACACGGCGGUGGACUGGGAGUUCUUCACAGUGGGGACCCAGAGCUUCCUGGUAGUGGCCAACUCCUACAACGGCACAUCCUACUCCCUCAAGAGCAUCAUCUACAGGUGGCAAGGCUCUGAGGGGUUUGUCUCUGCUCAUGAGCUGCUGACUGUGGGCUGCAGAGACUGGGAGUUCUUCCACACCAGUGAAGGUUCCUUCCUCAUCUACUCCAGCGCCACCUCAGUGCUCUCCAAAGUCUUCAGGCUCAAGACCUACUAAAGACAAGACUGACAGGCUCAAGACCUACUAAAGACCAGACUGACAGGCUCAAGACCUACUAAAGACAAGACUGACAGGCUCAAGACCUACUAAUGACAAGACUGACAGGCUCAAGACCUACUGAAGACCAGACUGACAGGCUCAAGACCUACUAAAGACAAGACUGACAGGCUCAAGACCUACUAAAGACCGGACUGACAGGCUCAAGACCUACUAAAGACAAGACUGACAGGCUCAAGACCUACUAAAGACCUACUGACAGGCUCAAGACCUACUAAAGACCAGACUGACAGGCUCAAGACCUACUGACAGGCUCAAGACCUACUAAACACUAGACCAACAAGAUAAAGACCUACUGAAGACCGGACUUACAGUUUCAGAAUAUACUUAAGACCGGACCUACAGACUUCAGGCCAGUUU